UUGCCCAGGUAUGCACCUGUGGGCAUCCUGUUCCUGAUUGCUGGGAAGAUUCUGGAAAUGGAAGAUAUGGCUGUCCUUGGGGGCCAGCUGGGGAUGUACACACUGACCGUCAUUGUGGGCUUGUUCCUUCAUGCCGGUGGUGUCUUGCCCCUCAUCUACUUCCUCAUCACCCACCGGAAUCCCUUCCCCUUCAUCGGGGGCUUGCUGCAGGCGCUCAUAACUGCCAUGGGCACGUCUUCCAGCUCUGCAACUCUGCCCAUCACCUUCCGCUGCCUGGAGGAGUGCCUGGGUGUGGACCGACGCAUCACCAGGUUUGUGCUGCCUGUGGGGGCCACCGUCAACAUGGAUGGCACUGCACUCUACGAGGCCUUGGCUGCCAUCUUUAUUGCGCAAGUCAAUAAUUAUGAGCUCAACCUUGGCCAGAUCACCACCAUCAGGUGAUGCCCCCAGUGACCCGCCUCUCCUCACCGGCCCCGCUUCUUCACUCAGCUUUGAGUUCACCCACUGAGGAGGGCAGCUCCUCGACAAGGCAGUCACCUUUCAUAAAGCCCCACUUCGGAACACACGAGGACGUUCUAGAUCUAAACUAUGUUCAGAUACUGGAAGCUGGAGGUAGGAAGUGUCUGUGAGGCUAAAGGUGGGACUUCGCCACCUGAAGCUGCCAGGAACCGUUAAGACCUGGUGCCGCUCCUUUCUUCUCUCGCGGGCCACUGUGGGAGACUCCUUUCGUCCCGGGGUUUCAGAAGCGAGUGAAACAUUCUGAUGACCCCAGGUUUUUGUUGUGAGUAUGGAUCCCUGGGCUCCUCCCACAGUGGUCCCAGUUUAGCCAGUAUAAGUGGAACAUCAAUAAUCUGAAAACUGAAAUCUGAAAUGCUCCAAAAGCAGGCUUCUUCAGUUCUGACAUGACACCAUAAGCAGAAAAUUCCACACUGGAUCUCUGAUGGCUAAAUGCAUAUAGUUUUGUUGGAACCAUUAUUUAAAAUUACU